GCAUAGAGGUUACGUCGAGGUUUUCUCCAUUCCCGUAAACACUCUCCGGCCGAAACAUGUUUCGUGCUUCGGGAAAAUCAUCAGUGCGAGAACUAUCCAGUUACAGUUUCGACUUCUACAAAUGCAUUUAGUGCGGAAAGUUCCAUACGAUGCGAUUGAGUGAGGAUAUUAACGAUGGAAAUAGCUGUGAUCCAAGCGAGACUCCACCACGAAACUAGACCCUCUCUUGUUCGUACAAACCUGAGUGAUGUUCCCAAGUUCCCCAGGGACCUGAACAUGUCAACUUCCACCGAGUUCAUGAAAUCCUUCUCCAGGUUGGAGGGGUUCAGAAGGAACCUGACGUUCUCCACGGACCUGCCUUCCACCUGGAAUAGCAGCGAGAUAUUUUUCAAUCAAACGAAUAGUUCAGACUACGACUUCGAGAGCCAGUUCUUCAACGCCACCAAGACUACGGACAGGCCCCCCUGGGCCUGUACAGAAUGGAAUCCCGCACAACACAGUCUCUUCCAAACUGCCAAUUUCUUUUUUGCCGCAGCAUUCCUAGUGCCUGGUAGUUUCAAACAAAGUGUUCUAUUAGUAAGGACAUUAUUAUCCAUUGGUCAUUGUUUCAUAACAAUAUGGGGAGGGGUGGAAAUUUGUGCUUUAGAUAUUUUGCUAUGGAAUUCUCUAAUUGUGUUUCUGAACGUAACACAUACUGCGAUAUUGACAUGGAGAUUUCUACCCCCAACGUUAUCCCUAGAAAUGACUGAUUUAUAUCUUAAGGUAUUCAAACCUCUUAGAGUAAGCAAAAAACACUUCAAGGAACUGAUUCGAGAAGGUAAAGUUAUGCAGUUGGAGAAAGGCGACAUAUAUGCCGUGGAAGAUGUUAGUUCGGCAGACGAGAGGCUCUCCAUCUUGUUACAAGGAAAGUUACGUGUGACAUGCGAUGACACUCAUCUCCACUAUAUCAACGUAUAUCAGUUCGUCGACUCUCCAGAGUGGGAGGCGAACCACGAUCAAUCAGACGACGUAUUCCAAGUGACAAUCACGGCUGAAGAGGACAGCGUGUACCUCUGCUGGCCACGUAUGAAGUUAGAGCGUGUACUCAGACAUAGACCAAUGCUCAAAGUUGUAUUAGAUAGCGUUAUAGGUAAAGAUAUCACACAAAAGCUUUACGCUAUAAAUGAUCAUCUGACAGGGCUGAACGAUGACAUCAACAGGAGCAAAAGAAACGCGAUGUGGGCGAAGACACAAAAUCGAAGUAUGUCAUUAGAUGCUGUCAACACGGGGACCACUGGUCUUGUGAGAUCCCAAGCGUACAAGAAAUCCCAGGUUCAACGCAUAAAUGCAAAUGCUUCCAUAUUCAAUGAUGCUGGUUCACUGUCGAAGCUACAUCCGCACACCUUCGUUCCCGUUGUAGCAACACAGUUCCCAGCUACUUCGCCAUUUCCAAUGGCCAGAAAUUCACCGAUGGGCCUUCUCAAGCAGAACUUGAACAUACCCAAGAUCCCUGAAGUACACGGAACACCUCCAGUUAAAAACAAAUCGAUAAGAAAGAACACUACGAGAGAAGUCAAGUUUGAGACGCACAAAUGAUGUGAGCAGUUAUUACGUGAUCGGUUGAAAUUUCUAGUGUUUAUGUGUUGUUAUUGAAAGGCACUAAGUUCCCAAGAGUGAAUUUUUUCAGAUUAUGAUUCAUUAUAUUUUGAAAACGGGUAAUUGCUGUGGAAGUAUCGUAUUUUUAAGAAGACAGCGAGGUUGCAAAGAUGAUUUAAAAUGAGUUUUUCAAUAAUAUUGAUGAUAUGAACAGUUUUUUAAGAGGGAUUACCACCAUAUGGUUUUUCGCGUAACAGUCAAACUUUGGUACCCAUUCAUUUCCCCUCUGGCGCUCCUGCGAUGACUAAACUUUGUACGUUGUUCGAAGUUGUACAUUCACUUCGUAUUUCUUCUUUUUUCGAAGCUAAUAAGUAUAGGGCAGCACUGUUUAACGACUUUCAAGAAAUUAUGGUUUUACUUCUUUUGUAGUGGAAUCUUUUUUAACGAAUAUUUUUGAAAUUUUUAUGUGCUUGGUACAAAGUACAUAUAUUAUCAUCAAUUUUUUGCGAAAAAUGAAAAGUUUUUCUUCAUUUCUCAUUUUCCAAUUGAAACUAUUCACUUUAUUCAUGUAGAUUAUUGUUUAAGAAAAUUAUAUGAAAACCUCAUAAAAAUCGUUGAUUUGUAAGAAGAAAUAUAAUAAUAAUAAUCGUCUUCAUUGGGCGAGAGUUUAGCUUAUGCUACUCUUACACUUCAACCCAUCUCUAAUUCAGUUUUAUCGGAGCAGCCACGUGAUGGUGUUCCCUCUUAAUUGUUAUUUAAUUUUUCGCAAGAAGGAAACUGGGUCCUUGACAGUACUGUUCCAAACAUUGCCCAUCCAUUUAAUCAUAUUUUUUAAAGUUAACAGAUUCCACUCCUCUCAAAACUAAUAUCAGUUCGACCCAUAACAACUUAUAUAUCAAAAAGUGAAAUUUCCAUCGAUUUAACUUAAUUAAUUAUAAACAAAUGUGAAAUUGUUCGAGAAAAAUUUUCAACAAUUGAAUAAUUCUUGUUUUACAAAUAUAAAAUUCACAACGGAUUGAAAAAUGUAGUUUUCCUACAUUACUGAAUACAUCGAAAGGUUCCAUUUGUCGUAAUGCGUAAUAUUUCUGUUAUAUUUCAACUUUAAGGAAAAAUCUGAAAAAAAUCAAACUUGUAGUACAGAAUGGGUUAGAUAUAAAAAUUAUACGGCAUGUUUUGUAUUGUGUAACCUAGCCUUGUAAAUCUGUUGAAACUGUGAAUAUUAUUAUCAUUAGGUGAAUAUAUCAGAGAUUUAAA